AUGUCCCUGGCAACCUUACCCACAGAGCUCCUGCUCACCAUCGCUUCCUACCUCAUCGAGCCCUCCGACCUCCUCACCCUUCUCCUCCAAAACCGCUACAUCUACUCCGUCCUCCACUCAACCCUCUACACCAACGGCAUCCGCCGCCACGGCUGCUCGGCCCUCAGGUGGGCCGCCACGCACAGCCGCGUUGUGACGGCGGAGCAUUCACUCAAGCGCUGGGCGCAUAAGAUCCUCAGCGCCUCUUAUCGCAAGGACGAGAAUGUGGUAAUGGGCGGGGCCUUUUGGGGAUCUAGGGGAGGCAUAUAUACUUUUCUCUGGGGCUAG